AUGAACGGGGUGCCGACCAAAUUCGCCGGCGAAACAGAGGAGAAGCCCGAGGUGGCUAGGCGUGCCAAAUGGGCUGGCUUUGCGUACAAUUUGAAGAUGCAGACGCCGAGCGCCGAGCAAAUCAGAGAUGCUGUGGAUGCCGUUUUCGCGGAUGACGGGUGUAGAGUCAGAGUGGGCGAGCUCAGGAGGGAAAAUGAAGAGUCGGAUGCGCUGGGCACGAUUGAGAGGCAGAUCUACACUCUUGCGCUGCGAUACACGCCCAAGUGCAACUCUGCUCGAAAAAAGUACCCCUCUCACACCCAACCAAAAGUGACCAUCACUUGCGGCCUCAUCGCCCAACCCCCAGGGCCGCCAACAAUGGCCGCCAAAGACGCCAUCACCUGCCACGUCCUCGACACCACGGCCGGCCGGCCCGCCAAGUCCAUCCGUGUGCGUCUCGAGGGGCCCCGCGGCUCUCAGCCCGCAAAGGAAUUCGAGUCCAUCACCGACGACGACGGCCGCAUCAAGGUCUGGCUCCCGUACAGCUCGGCCACCGCCUCGGGCGAGGUCCCCGUCUACACGCUCGACGACGUCCUUGGCCAGGUGGAGGGGUCGUCGACCUGGACCCUGCGCUUUGAUAUCGAGGGGUACUACGGCGAGGGCAAGACCUUCUUCCCCGAGGCCGUCGUCGUGUUCAGGGUCCAGAAGGGACAGCACUACCAUGUGCCGCUUUUGUUGAGUCCCUACAGCUACACGACUUAUCGGGGGAGCUAA